UCAACACUAACAAUACAAUAAUAUAAUUCAAUAAUUUGGAAAGUGCAAGGCUAGAAAUAUCUAGAGUGGACAAUAUUUUCCACCAGAAUGGCAUGCAACCUAAUUCCAGUCGGCCUGAAGGAGAUUUGAGUUUGGAAGGAAGUAAACGAUUGAAUUGGUAGUUUACAACUGAACAUCAAUGGCGAUGAUGAAGUGGGUGGGCGAUGGAUAUGAUGCUGUAAAGCCAAUUCCUUUAACACUGUUGAUGGGCUUCUUGCUGUCAUUGAUCGGACUACUUAUAAAUAUAAAGAGAAGAGCAGGGGGCAAAAUCCCACCUGGUACAUUUGGAUGGCCCUUCCUUGGAGAAAUGAUGGAGUAUCUGAAAUGGCAGAGAAAAGGAACCCCUUUUGUGUUUUUCGACACUCGGGUGCAAAAAUAUGGCGAAAUUUUCACCACCCAUCUGGUCGGCCAUCCCACUGUGACUUUCUGCAGCGCAGAUGGAAACCGAUUUUUGUUUGCCAAUGAGAACAAAUUGCUGCAGAAUUCAUGGCCCGCUUCUGUGGGAAAACUCUUCGAAAGGUCCUUAAUAAAUGCUGUGGGAGAUGAUGCGAAGAGGCUCAAGGGAAUGCUCAUGACUUUUUUGAGGCCAGAGGCUCUGAAGAAAUUUACAGGUCGGGUGGAUUCGAUCGCUAGACGUCAUCUGGCUCAGCACUGGUUGGGUGAAGAGGAGGUCACUGUUUUUCCUCUCAUGAAAAUCUAUACUUUCUCUCUCGCUUGUCAGCUGUUUGCAAGUAUUGAAGAUGGCCCCGCCCUGGACAAACUUUCCCACGACUUCGAGCAGCUAGCUCAGGGAGUAUUGCAGGUACCAGUUGAUUUGCCCGGGACAAGGUACCACAAAGCCAGAGUUGCACGUGACGCUCUUCGUGAACAACUUACUCAGAUUAUUGAGGAAAGGAGAAUUGCACUGAGGAAUGGAAGGGCUUCUGCUGAGCAGGAUCUGCUGUCUUUUUUCUUGUGUAAUAGAUCUGCUGAGGAGGAAAGGGGUUUGACAGACGAUGAGAUCAAGGUCAACAUAAUUGUGCUCCUGUAUGCAGGGCAUGAUACCAGUAGCUCUACCCUAACAUCGCUGUUCAAAUUCUUGGCUGAAAACCCCCAUUGCUACGAUCGAGUUCUGCAAGGUAUUUUAACUCUGGUUUUUGUUCUUAAUUUCUGAACAGCUCGAUUCUUCUAUUUCAUUCUAAGCACGCUUGAAUUCUGCGGCUCAAAAU